AUGCCGCUCUGCUUCACAUUCAUCAACUUGAUGAAGGCCUUCGACUCAGUUGAGACGGAAGCACCGAAGUUGAGACGGUCAUGGAAGCCUUGGCCAACCGAGGCGUCCCCACUCAAAAAGCCGAAUCUCCAAGUGAGAUGGGUCUCGGAUGUCCCAUUCAAGUUCAACGGAACGAAGAUAUCCGAACGCACCAGCUACGUUUAUCUGAGUCGGGAAAUGAGCAUGAUGAACGACCUGACUCCCGAGCUAGGCGGAAGGAGACGAGCAGUUUGGGGAGCGUAUAAGAACAUCGAGGAUGUGGUGAAGAAGACCAAGAACACUCGGCUCCGUGCUCCUUCACCGCUGUACUUUACUUCUUCAACACUACCGUACUUACUGCUUUGA